AUGUGUGAGAAGUGGAUACAGGCGUGUGGAAGGAAAAUUGGAGAAAUUAAGGAGAAGAAUGCAGGUGCUUUAAAAGUUAUGGAAGACCCAUCAACUUCAUGUACAAGUGAUAUCAACAAUGAAACACAAGAAAGUACUGGAAACAAUUCUUCACAAUCUACAAAUAAAAAAAUGAAAGAAAAAAUGUUAAAAAUGCCAAAUGAAGAGAAAUUUACUCAUGAAAUGACAAUAAAAUUACUGGAAAUUGUGCAAACUAAAUUUCAUCUUCUUAAUCACAAAAUGCACGCCAAAAAAAAGAUAUGGAUUGAUGUUGCAACGGAAAUGCAAAAUAAUAGUUAUUUGACUAAUUAUAAUGGAAUAAAGUGUGCAGAUAAGUGUCAUCAGCGUUGGCGAAAUUUAGAGAAAAUGUAUCAUGGACAUUGCCGUUACAUGAAAUCUACUAGCACAGGAAAGAAAAAACCUCCUAAAUAUUUUGACGAAAUGCAUGAUCUUAUUGGGGAGAAACAUAGUAGUAAAUCAGUCAAUUUUUUUACUGGUUUCUGGCUACUGGGGAAAGGAUUCAUUGGAUCAAUGUAAUUCAACUGUAGUUUCUAGUGAUUGUAACAAUGAGAAAGAAAAUAAUGUUGAUGAUAGUCAGGAAUCUAAUAAAAAAGACAGUACGUUAGAGAAUAUUAAAGAAAAGAAUGAUUUAAAAACUAUAAAUAUUUUUGAGAACGUUAACAAGUCAGUAAGACCAAAGAAAGAUAAUGUAACUGCAGUUUUAAAAGAGCUACAUGAACAAGGUAUACAUAUCGAAAACGAACGUUUUGAAAAAUUUGAAGCUUUACUGAUAGAACAAAAUGAAUUAAAAAAGAGAACAUUAAAAC